AUGUUACCAAUAAAAAUAUAUGAAACAAGAUACAAUGUCACGAAUUUUAAAAACUCUUCUAUCUGCAACUUGGUUAAUCUUUCCAUCCUUGAUUUAUCUUAUAACAAGUUUAAUGGAGAAGUUCCUCAUUGCUUGGGCAAUACUAGUACUCAAUUAGCUGUAUUGAAUCUCCAAUCAAAUAAUUUCAAGGGCAUCAUUCCAUCAGCAUUAUUUUCUAUUUGUGAUUCAUUGGAAUAUGUAGAUUUCACUGACAAUCAGUUAGAAGGAGCUAUACCUAGGUCUUUAUCUAAAUGUAGAAACCUGAAAGUCCUAAAUUUGAGGAACAACAAAUUCAAAGAUAUAUUCCCAUAUUGGUUAGGUAGCCUUCUGUCUUUAGAGGUUCUCAGCAUACCCUUUAAUAAAUUUCAUGGUGAUAUAACCAACAAUUUAUCAAAGAUUACAACAUCUCCUUUUUCAAAUCUACAAAUUCUCGACCUUUCAAACAAUAAUUUCUGUGGUAAGUUGCCAUUCAUGUACAUUAAACAAUUUCGUUCCAUGAUGGAUAACAACAUGUCUACUAUAGGAAGUCCAAGCUACUUAGAAAAUGAAUCUAGUGUUUAUAUCUAUAUGUACUCCAUCAAGAUGACAGUAAAGGGGAAGCAACAAGAUUAUAAGAAGAUAAUUACUUCUAUGUCAACAUUUGAUAUGUCUAAUAAUCACUUUGAAGGAGAGAUUCCAAAUUCUAUAGGGAUGUUGCGAGCACUUCGAAAUCUUAAUCUCUCGCAUAACCUACUUACCGGAAACAUCCCUCCAUUCAUCGGGAACUUAUCAUUGUUGGACGGUUUAGACCUAUCAUCAAAUAGGCUUAUCGGUGAAAUCCCUCAAGAACUUGUUAGUUUAACAUUUCUCGGGGUUUUUAAUGUUUCAUAUAAUCAACUGGAAGGGCCUAUACCCCAUGGUAAUAAUUUUAAUACCUUCUCAUCUGAUUCGUACGUGGGCAAUUUUGAAUUGUGUGGAGCACCAUUACAUGAAUGCAAAAACAAUACUGUUGUGCAAUCUUUGAACAAUAAUAAUGUGGAAGAAAAAACAGAAUUAUCGAUGUGGGAAGUUGUAGUGAUUGGAUUUGGAAGUGGUACAAUAGUUGGUUUGGCUUGGGGGUACUACAUAUUGUCAGUGGGGAAGCCUUUUUGGCUUUUUAAAUUGUUGAACAAGAUGGAAUGGGCUUUACUUGAUUAUCAUGACCACCAUUUCAGUAGAAGAAGAUACAAUGUCACGAAUUUUAAAAACUCUUCUAUCUGCAACUUGUUUAUCUCUUUGCUCUUUGCAUUGGUUGUUUCUCAGAUGAAGGAUGAUCCCACAUUGGGUAACAGGGCCGUCUUGGAUAUUUUAGGGGCCCUUAGCGAAAAAUGA